AUGGAGUUCAAGCUGGAGGCUCACCGCAUCGUCAGCAUCUCCCUGGGCAAGAUCUACAACUCACGAGUCCAGCGCGGCGGCAUUAAACUGCACAAGAAUCUCCUGGUCUCACUGGUGCUGCGCAGUGCCCGCCAGGUGUACCUGAGUGACCCGUGUCCCGGACUCUACCUGGCUGGCCCCGCGGAGAGUUCAUUGGCGCCGCCACCGCCGCCGCAGCAGCAGCUCGGGGAGCCAAUGGCGAAGUCCUCCGCGGGCUGGGGGGAGCCACCCCCGCUGGCCGCCCGCGCCGCCUGGCAGGAGCCUGAACCGCAGCCGGAGCGCCCCGUGGGCCCAGGCCAGCCGGGGACAGAUGACGCGGAGCCGCCAGUCUCCGUGACGGGAACCAGGGACGUUCUUCAGAGCAGAGAGACUGAGGCGGCAGAACCUGCCUGGCGCCGCGUGGAGAGACCGCGAGAGGUGGAGGCCAGAGGACCCGGAGGUCCCGCCGGAGCCUUGGACGUUUCCCCCCAGGGACCACGGGUGGCGCGCUGCCACUGCUUCUGCCCCCCAGGCGGGGAAGACCGGCUGGGCGCGCAGGUCGGGGCCCACCGCGUUGACUGCUGCUGCUCGUCCCAGCCCUCCGAUACCAAACCCCCUGCGCCGCCCCUGGUCUGCCCCAGGAAGCGCAGCGCGGCCGGAGUGGGCUGCCCAGCGCCGGGCUCGACCCCGCUGAAGAAGCCCCGCCGGGACUUGGAGGAGCAGCCGGGCGGGGGAGACAACGAGGAGGAGAUGGACACCGGGAAUGUAGCGAACCUCAUUAGCAUUUUCGGUUCCAGCUUCUCGGGACUCUUACGGAAAAAAAGCCCCGGAGGCGGCAGGGAGGAAGAAGAGGGUGAAGAGAGCGGGCCGGAAGCCGCCGAGCCUGGGCAGAUCUGCUGUGAGAAACCGGUCCUGAGAGACAUGAACCCUUGGAGCACAGCCAUCGUGGCCUUCUGA